ACCGCAUGUUGAUUCUGUGCAAGAGAGAACAAUCGAAGCUGUUGGCAGCACCACGACUUAACAGCAUCGUCAAUUAUAUUCCCACGUAUACUAUUUUCUCAUCCAUAACCACUUCCCUGGGCUCGAUCUGGUGCCAUGGCGCGUGUGUGGGCCGACGAGGAGUCUGAAGAUGAGCUGCCCUCGGUAAACCAGCUAUUGCGCCAAAAGGCAGCCAUACCAACUAAAAGCGCCAAAGACAGCACUGGGAGCCAGAAUUCAGACGACUCACCCAGGGAGGCCACUGUCAGACGUCGGAAGUUGGGACAGGCAGUCGAUAACCCCCUGCUUCGACCCCUGGGCAAGAAUCUGGAGCCUAGCUCGCAGAGGGGUGGUAAUUCUGACAACCUGCGCUCGGGAGGGAAGCGAGAGGACGUCGGAGGACCAAGAGUGGAGCUCCGUGCCAGGAAACCGAGAGCGGCCGCUGCCAACGUGAAAACUGUCGAGGCAGAAGAGGAAGAGUCCGAAGGAGAGACUAUUGUUGAAGAAGUCACUAUCGUGGACGACUCGGUAUACUUCUCGCUUUCGAGCUCUGACGAGGACAGCUUCGAUGAUUUGUCUGAGCCCGACCCGCCACCAAGAUCAAAGCCUACACGGCCUAGUCGGGGAACCAAAUCUGGACUGAGCAGUGAAAAAGAGCCACCCAAGGACGUUCGACGGAACAUAGCAUCAAAGGCGAAAGUCUCCGCAGAGAAGCUAGAGGAGCCGAGUCGCCGAGAAAAAGGCGCACCAAAGGCAGCAGAUACACGACGUGGUCCAGAAUCGACGUCCUCGAGCACCAAAUCCAAGGACGGCGACCAGCCCAAGGCGUCAGGGGGCAAUGGCUCACAGGAGGUGGACAAAAAAGAAAAGUCAUCAAGGCGUAGUGAUAAGCCUUCAAGUCUCACCAAGGGCCUUGCCGAAUCUCUUUCUUCGCUGCGGCUGGAGCCAACGCCGCCACCAGAGACCCAGAAUGCGGUCAGGAAGAGACCGGAGACGCCUCCGCCAAGCACGCCGCCCAAGGUCCGGCCCAAUGUUCUCGUGUCUCCGAGCAAGAAGCCCCCACGGAUCCCCAUGACGCCUCACGGCCCCGGCACGGACGCGUUCUGGGACCAGGAGGUGACGGACGAGUGGAACGACAAGCACUCGCCCAGGAAGCUCUUUGCCAGCCCCGCAAAGGCCGUGGCUAGGGGCCCCGAGAAGAAGGAGAAGGGGCUCGCGGCCAAGCAGCGCGAGGCCAAGAAGAGCUUCGAGGCGACGAGGCACGGGACGGCCGAGCGGUUCCUGCGCGAGCUGGACCGGGUCAUCACGAUGGGCAAGCUGGGGGAGCUGGCAGCGUCGACGGGCGGGGUCCGGAUCCAGUGGACCAACAAGCUCAACACGACGGCCGGGCGCGCGAGCUGGCGGCGCGAGACGGUGCGGACCCGACACCGGGCGGCCGCCGGCUCGGCCGGGGCCGCGACCGAGACGGUGACGCACCGGCACCACGCGUCCAUCGAGCUGGCCGAGAAGGUGAUCGACAGCGAGGACCGGCUGCUCAACGUGCUGGCGCACGAGUUCUGCCACCUCGCCAACUUCAUGGUCAGCGGCGUGACGGGCAACCCGCACGGGCGCGAGUUCAAGGCCUGGGCGGCCGCGUGCUCGCGCGCCUUUGGCGACCGCGGCAUCGCCGUCACGACCAAGCACUCGUACGACAUCGACUUUAAGUACGUCUGGGAGUGCGCCGAGUGCGCGCUAGAGUACAAGCGCCACUCCAAGAGCGUCGACCCGCGCCGCCACCGCUGCGGCGUGUGCAAGGGCGAGCUGGUCCAGAUCAAGCCCAAGCCGCGGGGCGGCGCCGGAGCGGCGGCCGGGACGGCGGUGGGGGCGGGAUUGGCUGGCGGGGAGAAGAGGGUGCCUUCUGAAUAUCAAAAAUUCAUGAGCGAGCACAUGAAGCUCAUCCGGCAGGAGCAUCCUGGCAGCCCGCAGAAGGAGGUCAUGAAGCUGGUUGCCGAGCGGUGGGCAAAGACGUCCAAGAAGACGACAAAGACGCGGGGCAAGGCAAAAGCGGCCGAGGCGGAGGAGCAAGAUGUGGAUGAUGUUGUUGAUGGACUGGUAUCGCUGAACAUACAAGAUAGUUGAAUUGCGCGCUGACCCGUCUCCGGCGGGAUACAUAUCCCUCCAUCUUUAUCGAUAGUACCUGUACAUGCUUGCCUAGAUAGACAACUGCGCAUCCCUUCCAAAACAAAUCACGUAUCAGUAAGCGCUGUGGGCGCGAGAGCGUGUAAUUUGGAGCGUAAGCAACGCAGCUGAAGAGACUGCUUUGCAUUUAUAGCUGUGUAGAAAGGCCCUACCUAGAGUGGUUCAUAUUCCAAGUCAAGAAAAUAUCAUACAAAGCGCCAUCGUGAAAGCGAUCACGAAAAACAUCAAAAUGAGAU